AUGUUCAUGAACCUUGUCAAGGCCAUGCCCACCCGGGCCUCGGCCUUUGCCUCCAUGAAGCAGUCUUCUCAGUCUCGCUUCAUGGCUACCGUGCGUCAGCGUGCUGCUCUUGAGCCUGCUACCUUCACCAUUCGUGACGGUCCCAUGUUCACCGGAAAGUCAUUUGGUGCUCGUUCCAACAUCUCCGGCGAGGCCGUUUUCACCACCUCUCUUGUUGGAUACCCCGAGUCUCUGACCGACCCCUCAUACCGUGGCCAGAUCCUGGUCUUCACCCAGCCUUUGAUUGGCAACUACGGUGUUCCCUCCGCCGAGAAGGACAGCAAUGGCCUGCUCAAGUACUUCGAGUCCCCCAACCUGCAGGCCGCCGGUGUCGUCGUUGCUGAUGUUGCAGAGCAAUACAGCCACUGGACGGCAGUGGAGAGCUUGGGUGAGUGGUGCGCUCGUGAGGGAGUUCCUGCAAUCUCCGGCGUGGACACUCGUGCCAUUGUCACCUUCCUGCGUGAGCGCGGUUCCUCCCUUGCCAAAAUCACUGUUGGUGAGGAGUACGAUGCCAACGAAGACGAGGCUUUCACCGACCCGGAGCAGAUUCACCUGGUGCGCCAGGUCAGCACCAAGCAACCUUUCCACGUCAGCGCUGCCGACCCCCAGUGCCACGUCGCCGUCAUUGAUUGCGGUGUGAAGGAGAAUAUCCUGCGGAGCUUGGUUGGCCGCGGUGCCAGUGUCACCGUCUUCCCCUUCGAUUUCCCCAUCCACAAGGUCGCCCACCACUUUGAUGGUGUGUUUAUCUCUAACGGCCCCGGUGACCCAACUCACUGCCAGGACACCGUCUACCACCUGAAGCGUCUUAUGGAGACUUCCCAAGUCCCCAUCUUCGGUAUCUGUCUGGGACACCAGCUUCUGGCUUUGGCUAGCGGUGCCACCACUAUCAAACUCAAGUACGGAAACCGGGCUCACAACAUCCCCGCUCUGGACCUGAGCACUGGUCGCUGCCACAUCACUAGCCAGAACCACGGAUACGCUGUCGAUGCCUCAACCUUGCCCUCGGACUGGAAGCCCUACUUCGUUAACCUGAACGACCAAAGCAACGAGGGCAUGAUCCACAAGUCUCGCCCUAUCUUCAGCACCCAGUUCCACCCCGAGGCUAAGGGAGGUCCCCUGGAUUCCUCUUACCUCUUCGAUAUCUACAUUGACAGUGUCCUGAAGUACAAGACCAGCCAGGCCGGUCUGUACCCUCAGCGUGACAGCCGCCCUAAUCAGCUACUCGUGGACCUAUUGGCCAAGGAGCGUGUGGGUGUCCAGCCCACUAUCGGCAUGCAAAAUAUCCUUGCUGCCGCUGCUACUGCCGCAUAA